AUGUUCCUGCUACUUUUCCUGCCGCUGCUCUUCCAGCUUCCCGGCUGUGAGGGCCGGAUGGGAAAACCUCCCUGUUCCUUGCGGAAAAACUUCCCAGUGAGGUAUUCCAAAGCGGGAGACGUGGUGAUCGGGGGCCUCUUCUCCAUGGACUCGAAAAGAACUUAUUUACUCGUGGAUCCUUUCUUUAGGAUUGACCCUUUCGUGGAAGACCUCCUUUCGAGUCCCUUACGUCUCUACUACCAGAACGUCCUGGCCCUGGUGUUCGCCGUGGAGGAGAUCAACAGGAAUCUCACUCUCCUGCCCAAUGUCUCCCUGGGGUUCCAACUCUUCGAUAAUAACUUCAGGGAAGACACAGCCGUGGAGAACUCGCUGAUGCUGCUGUCCGAAGGAGGGGAGGCCGUCCCCAACUUCAACUGCGAGGGGUCUGGCAAGCUAGUGGCGGUCAUCGGAGGGCUCACCGCCCCACUCUCCGCCGCCGUCGCGGACCUGCUGGGUCUCUACGAGUGCCCCCAGAUCGCCUACGGCCCGUUUGACGCCACCCUGGAGGGCAAGGCCCGGUUUCCCACCCUCCAUCAGAUAGCGCCCAAGGACCUCAGCCAGCCCCUGGCCAUCGUCCGCCUCCUGGUGCACUUUAACUGGACCUGGGUGGGGCUGGUGGUUGCGGACGACAUGAAAGGGGAGGAAUUCCUCAGAGAGAUGCGGAGGGAGAUGGCAAAGAAUGAGAUCUGUCAGGCCUUUGAAAGCAAAGUUCCCAAAAGAGAUGAUAUGAGAUAUAUCCUUAGGAAGUUGUUAUUCAGUAUUCAAGACUCAACUGCUAACGUCGUUACUGUAUCCGGUGAUACCGAUUCCAUGACUUGGUUUGCCUGGACAAUGAUUGAAAUCCGAAUGGAACCCAAGGUCUGGAUUAUCACUUCUUCCUGGGAUUUCUCCUUGCGCUACACUCCCGAAACGAAUUUAGACAUACUCCACGGGGCCCUGACGUUUUCCCUGCACAAGAAAGAGAUUUCCGGUUUCAACGAUUUUCUCCGCAGGGUCAAUCCAUCUCACUAUCCGGAUGACUUCUUCCUGAAAAAAUUUUGGAAGGUAAAAGAAAUCUGUUUUGACUCGGAGACGCGGAAGACGAAUCCGAUAUGCUCAGAGAACAUCACCCUGGAUAAAUGGCCCCGAAAUAUCUUCGACGUGCAUCUGAGUGAGCAGAGUCACCUGGUCUACAAAGCCGUGUACGCCGUGGCCCGCGGGCUCCACGAGGUCCUCAGCUCGGAGGAGGGAGCGGUGGAUGCUGGACACGGCGGGGCGCCUCGCCCAUGGCUGGUCCACUCUGUCCUGAGCCACAUCCACGGGAACGGUGGUGAUGGGAACGGGAUGGUUUGGGGAGAGUCGGGGAUGUCCACUACAAAGUACGAUGUCAAAAAUUUUGUGGCCCAUCCCAUCGAGAGUCAGAUGACGGUGGGAGAGUUUGACUCUCUAGCUCCUACCGGCCACGACCUCGUCAUCGAUGAACAGGCCAUCGUGUGGGCGAAGGAUAACAAGUCGAUCCCCUCCUCCGUGUGCAAUGGUGACUGUUUUCCCGGAACGCGAAAAACGAGGGAGUCGGGUGAGCCCAUAUGCUGCUUUACUUGUAUCCAGUGCCCGGACGGGGCGGUCAGCAGUCAGAUGAACAUGGACUCGUGUGUGAAGUGCCCGGACGACCACUAUGCAAAUAGGAAGAGGAAUAGCUGUCUCCCGAAGGCUUUCACUUUCCUGACCUUUGAAGAACCUCUGGGGAUGACUCUGGUCUUCCUCGCCCUCUCCUUCUCUCUUCUCAGCGUCGCGGUGCUGGGCGUCUUCAUUAAGCACCGAGACACCCCCGUGGUCAGGGCCAAUAACCGCCACCUCAGCUACACCCUCCUCAUCGCCCUCACCCUCUGCUUCCUCUGCUCCUGCGUUUUCAUCGGCCGGCCCGGCCCCGUCAGCUGCCUCCUCCGCCAGACCGCCUUCGGGGUGGUCUUCGCGGUGGCCGUCUCCUCCAUCCUGGCCAAGACGGUCACGGUGGUGGUGGCCUUCAAGGCCACGGUUCCGGGGGGCCGGAGCCGCACGUGGAUGGGCCCCCGGGUGUCGGCCUCCAUCGUCCUCGUCUGUUCCCUGGUCCAGGUGGCCAUCUGCGCCGCCUGGCUGGGGGCCGCUCCCCCCUUCCCGGACCUGGACGUGCUCUCCGAGCCCGGGCACAUCGUCGUCCAGUGUAACGAAGGCUCGGUGAUCGCCUUCUACUGCGUCCUGGGCUACCUGGGCUUCCUGGCCCUGGUCAGCUUCACCGUGGCCUUCCUGGCCCGCAGGCUGCCCGACAGCUUCAACGAGGCCAAGUUCAUCACGUUCAGCAUGCUGGUCUUCUGCAGCGUCUGGAUCUCCUUCCUGCCCGCCUACCAGAGCAGCAAGGGGAAGGCCAUGGUGGCCGUGGAGGUCUUCUCCAUCCUGGCCUCCAGCGCCGGGCUGCUGGGCUGUAUCUUCGUUCCCAAGUGCUACGUGAUCCUCCUGCGGCCCGACAGGAACACUCGGGAGUGGCUCAAGGCCCGGUGACUCGCGGAGCCUCGACCUUUUUCUCCCUCGGGGCACUUCCCCACCUCUAUAAAGAAUCUAGAACUUCCUUGGCUAACCGACCCUCAGAGUCAGUUCCCGCUUAUCGCUUCAGGGAACGUGGUCAUCACGGCGCUUCACGAAUAUCACCCUUAUUGUUACUGUUGUUUUCAUUAUCACAUUAUCGUUAACUUUACCGUCCUCACCUCCGCUUCCUGUCCUCUCCUCUGCAUGGAUCAUGGACACUGAUGUGGUCCGAGGGGAUGCUACAGGCAGAUCCAUGCCCGAAAUUCAUGCCCUAAAUUUCUCGACUACUAUCGUAUAACCCCCCCAGGGAACGGUGAUGUCCCGCUUUAGCCUGCCAUUUGGGCGAAGGAUACCCCCAGACUUCCCAAUCUUCACAGCCCAGUCUUUGUGACCUUCAAAGGUCACAGGGACCUUUUUG